AGAGGCAGCAAUGCUUCUGAAUACCAGUUUCAGGAGAGGAGAGGGCUCUUCUGCUCGGAUCCUGCCCUCUGGAUCCCUCUGGUUGGCCACUGUGAGAACAGGAUGCUGCCCUAGAAGGGACACUGACUUGAUCAAGCAGUUCUUCUUAAUGUUUAUAAUAAUAUAAAAAUGGUAUGCAAAUACAGUCAAACCUUGGCUCCUGAACACCUCCGUUUUGGAUUCCUUAUGCCAUGAGCAUCACAAUUAUAACAAAUAAAGGCUUGACAUAUCUCGCUUUGCAUGUCAUGAUUCUAUCUCAUAUCUUAGUUUCACCUUUUAAGUUGAAUUACUGAAAUAAGUGAACUUUUCCAUGAUAUUCUAAUCUUUCGAGGUUCACCUGUAAUGAUACAUUGGGCAAAAGAUAUAGGUUAUAAUAUACCGGUUGAAUCAUGGGAAAAACUGUGCAAAGAGAUUUUAAAAUUCACAGCAUGUAGUUCAUUAAAAGAAAAUUAUAUGCAAAUGAUGUACCGAUGGUAUUUCACUCCAGUAAAGCUUGCUAAAAUGUAUAAAGAUACCUCUAAUUUAUACUGGAAAUGUAAGGAUAAGGAAGGUAAUUUUUCCCCUAUGUGGUGGACGUGUAAAAAAGUAAAGGGUUUCUGGGAAAUGAUAUACAAUGAACUUUUAAAAAUUCUUAAAAUUACGUAUAUUAAAAAAACCACAGGCUUUUUUACUAGGUGUAAUAGGAGAAAAAAUGCCAAGGAAGCAAAAGAGACUGUUUAUUUAUGCGACUACAGGGGCCAGAUGCUACUAGCCCAGAUGUGGAAAGAAGAAAAGGUCCCAACGAAAGAAGAAUGGAUAACUAAGAUGAUUGACUAUGUCGAAACGGCUAAACUUACCGAGCAGACGAGAAAAAAAUCAAUCAAGAAUGGGAAAACUUUAUAAACUAUUUUAGAGAACACUGUAAAAAGUCAAAACAUUCGCAGGAGAUGUUGAAGGGAUGCUGGCAGAAGGGGAACAAUCAGAAGUGUCACCGAAAGGAUCCAAAAAGGAGGAGGAGCAAAGGACGCUGGGAGGUCAAGAUGGAGGCAGAAGGCGAGAGGGGAGACGAAAGCAGAAGCCAGAGGGUGACUCUUGUAUGUCUCAGGGUGGUGAAAACCAAAUUCCCAGAGAGGAGAAAAAGCAUGAAUGCACAGUGUGUGGAAAGAGAUUGGGUAGUCGGUCAGCUCUAACCUCACAUCAACAAAGAGUACACACAGGAGAGAAACCGUAUAAAUGUUUGGAGUGUGGAAAGAGCUUCAGUCAGAGUAGUUCCCUUAUCUCCCAUCAACGAAUUCAUACAGGAGAGAAACCAUAUACAUGUUCCGAGUGUGGAAAGAGCUUCACUCAAAGUAGCGGCCUUACCUUCCAUCUAAGAUCUCAUACAGGGGAGAAACCGUAUACAUGCUCAGAGUGUGGAAAGAGCUUCACUCAAAGUAGUGACCUUACCUUGCAUCAACACAUUCAUACAGGGGAGAAACCAUAUACAUGUUCUGAGUGUGGCAAGAGCUUUAGUCACAGCAGUGCUCUUACUGGACAUCAACAAACUCAUCGAGGCACCAAACCUUAUAAAUGUUUGGAAUGUGGCAACAGCUUCAGUCGCAUCUACUCCCUUUCCUUGCAUCAAAGAAUUCAUAUACAGGAGAAACGAUAUACGUGUUUGGAGUGUGGAAAGAGCUUCAGUCAGAAUGGCACCCUUACCUUGCAUCAAAGAGUGCACACAGGAGAGAAACCGUAUAAAUGUUUGGAGUGUGGGAAGAGUUUCAGUCGUGGUAGCUCCCUUACAUUGCAUCAAAGAACUCAUACAGGAGAGAAACCGUAUACAUGUUCGGAGUGUGGAAAAAGCUUCAUUUGCAGUAGGUCCCUUAUGUUGCAUCAAAGAACUCAUACAGGGGACAGACCAUAUAAAUGUUCCGAGUGUGGAAAGAGCUUCAGGAACAGGAGUCACCUUACUAGACACCAAAGAAGUCAUACAGGAGAGAAACCAUAUACAUGUUCAGAGUGUGGAAAGAGCUUCAGUCAGAGUAGCGGCCUUAAUAGGCACCAAAGAAAUCAUACAGGAAGGAAAUCUUAGAAAUGUUUGGCGUAUGGAAAGAACUUCAGUGACAGGGGCUCCCUUCCUAAACAGUAAAGAACACGUACAAGGGAAUUUGCUGCCAAGGAGUGUGGUGGAGUCUCCUUCUUUGGAGGUCUUUAAGCAGAGGCUUGACAACCAUAUGUCAGGAGCGCUCUGAUGGUGUUUCCUGCUUGGCAGGGGGUUUGACUCAAUGGCCCUUGUGGUCUCUUCCAACUCUAUGAUUCUAUGAUUCUAUAUCUUAGAAAGGGCUGGAGUGUGGGAAGAUCUUUAUUCAUAUCAAAUAACUCCUACAGAAAGUAAAACAAUGAUUGUGUUCUGGUCCCCCCAUGUUUGUCAUUCACUAAAAUGCUUGCACUUCCCGUGACAAGGCAGAAGCCAUUCUUGGGAAUUCCUGGGCAGAGAGCUGCUGUACCCUAGACUGCAAAAAGAAAUCAACCUUAUCCAGCCUUAUCCAGCACGCAAUGCUAAAAAAAUCAGAUUCUGUUUUAAAUGCAGUUUUUUAGAUCUAUUUUUACAGAAGAGCAUCCAGAAUUGUUAAA